ACCGGAUUCUCUCUUAGAUUCAUUACUUUUUUCUUUUUUCUCAAUCUCUUUGUUUUCUUUCAAACCCUAAUCAUCUCUCUUAAAAUCAAUCCAAUUCCUCAAUCAAAAAUUCAUGUCGACGAUGGCGGGUAUACAAGGCCAGGUUCUCGAGGUCACUGUUGUUGGGUGCCAGAAAUUGAAAGAUACAGAAUGGUUUUCAAGGCAAGAUCCAUACGUCGUCCUUGAGUAUAGCGGCUCAAGGCACCGUACCAGAACCUGCACAGAUGGUGGAAAGAACGCUGUUUUCCAAGAGAAGUUUAUGUUCACUUUGCUUGAAGGGCUUAGGGAUCUUAAGGUUGCUGUCUGGAAUAGCAAUACCCUCUCCACUGAUAACUUCAUUGGCAAUGCAACGAUUCAAUUGCAGAAGGUUCUUUCUCAGGGAUACGAUGACUGCACCUGGACUUUGCAGACUAAAACUGGAAGAUUCGCUGGAGAAGUAAGACUCAUACUACAUUAUGCAGGAGCAAAGAAACAUAAUUACGGGUCUGCCUUAUCCUCCUCCGCCAUCUGCUUAUCCUCCUCCGUCAACCUCGGCUUACCCUCCGGUUCCUUCAGCUUACCCGCCUCCUCCACCAUCCUCUACUUACCCUCCUUCUCCAUACCCUCCUCAACAAUCAUAUUACCCACAAGGUCCAUACCAAGGACAAUACCCACCUCCGUACUAAAAGCUCCGGCGUUUAGAAUAAAGUUGUUUAUGAAUGUAUAG